AUGAUCCAUCAGGCUGUCGGCUUGAGGCUGUCGGAUUGAGGCCGCUGGGCGUCAGGAGUCUAAGGCUCACGCUGCGAAUUGCUUCAAGCCUUAGCCUUAGCGCUGCUGAGCAGCCCGUCUGCUCCUCUGGCGCCCCAGGCGCUUGUCUCGUCAGUUUUUCCCAGCGCUGCGAGCUAGCGUCUAUUGACAUACUAGAACGCAUCUGCCCGCAAUUCCGAGCACGGAUAAACGCCAUCAAUUUGCUUGCAAAUUUUGUGUCUCUGGCACGUAGCGCUACUGCGAAGGACCUUUCGUGCUGGCGAGACCGCUGCUAGGCUGCAGCACACGGCGUGACCAGAGCAGCUUGUGCACGCCGCAGAGCUAGCGCAGCAGCAUUACCAAGCUCCCAAAGGUCGAAAUGUCAUUGAUCGGAGCGAGCUUCCACAAGAGCAUGUCCACUGCAGGGUCGCAGAGCGCCAUGGCCUCGUCGCGGAGCGCCAGCGAGCGCAGGAGCAUGACCAUGGCCUCGUCGCAGCGCGCCAUGGCCUCAAGGCAGAGCGACGUCUCGAUAAGCGUGCAAGACUACUCGCUGGAGCGCCCGCGCGGCUCGACGCCGCCGGUCCAAUCGUCGUUCUGUGCGGUAUUCUCGGACAUGCGCGGCAGCCUGUGGAUCGUGGGUGGGCUCGUCCACACAUGGGAGGCCUUCUUCGGCUGUCUCAUCGCCAUCGCGUCGACGCUGCUCUGUUACUUCUUUGAAUUUCAGAACGACACGAGCGCGGUGAGUACUAUUUUGGGCGUCGUGAUCGUGUUUCCGAUCACGGCACUUAUUGGAUUCGCCUUCAGCCGGCGCGAGGCGGCGCUCGCAGCUUUCUCCAAAUUACUAGGUAAUUUAGAGGCUCUUCUCGGCGCCGCCUGCACAUGGCAGAAGUUCCAGGACGGCGCGUGGCGGCGCGUGAGCGACGGCGCCGCAAGUGAACGGGCGCUGGUCGCCUGCUGUCGCAUCGCCGAGAAGGCGUCGCGGUAUUGUGCGACGCCGCGCGGCCACCGCACGCGCUAUGUCCUUUCAUCGUAUCACUCCGAAUCUGAAACGCUGAAUCACCUGCUGUACCUCAGGAAGUCGGAGGUUGGAUCCGCGAUCCAGGCCUGCCGCCGCCUCGUCCAGCAGCUGAAGGUCGACGGCCUGCCCGGCGGUGAGGCGCACCGGCUCGACCAGUACCUUAGCAUUAUCGCGUGCCACUUCCACCAGGUCGCGAUGCUCAAGGAGUACCGGACGCCUGUUGGUGCGCGCGCACUCGCGCGGAUCUCGGUCGUCUGGCACGGCAUCUUCGCGGGCCCGUGGUACGCGAGCCUCUCGGCGCGGGGCGGCACCGGGCCGGCGCUCCCCGUGAUCUACGCGUUGGCGCUCCAGCUCGCCUUCAACGCCCUGUUGCAGGUGGCGUUUGGCCUCGAGGACCCGUACGCGCGGGCCGGCGGCCGCGGCCUCCACGACUCCGUGCGCGUGCGCGGGUGAGCGGCUGCGCGGAAAAGAAAGAAAAAUUCACGAGCACUCAGUGGUUGAUUUGCACACACAGGAUCGCAGACCAGUCGCGCGCGGAGAUGGAGCGGACCGCGCGGGAAGCGAGCCUGCCCUGGGACGCCGACCUGGGUAUUGUUAGGGAGGAAUGUUAAACACAACACAUUAGUUAAAA